CAGACUUGGCAGAUGUUGCGUGUCUGUGUUUCUGACAAAUCUCUCCACCAACUAUAUCGUGACGACUCGUUUUGAUGGAACUCACUUAAAUCAUCACUGUGAUAUGUUUGCGUGCUGGUCAGGAUGUGCUCUUCCUCUCUUGUUUUUACAGACCCAGUUUGAUAUUGCGGUGGCCAGUGAGAUCAUGGCUAUCCUUGCUCUGACAGAUGGACUGGCUGAUAUGCGGACCAGGCUUGGAUGUAUGGUUGUGGGCAGCAGCAGAAACGGCCAGCCGAUCACUGCAGAUGACUUGGGUGUAACUGGGGCUUUGGCAGUCCUCAUGAAAGAUGCCAUCAAACCCACACUGAUGCAGACACUGGAGGGCACUCCAGUGUUUGUGCAUGCUGGACCUUUUGCUAACAUCGCCCAUGGAAACUCCUCUGUCUUGGCAGACAAGUUGGCUCUUAAACUAGUUGGAGAAGAGGGCUUUGUUGUGACGGAGGCUGGCUUUGGUGCAGACAUUGGCAUGGAGAAGUUCUUCAACAUAAAGUGUCGAACAUCUGGGCUGAAGCCUGAUGUUGUGGUGCUUGUAGCCACUGUACGGUCUCUGAAGAUGCAUGGAGGUGGACCAAAUGUUACAGCUGGUGUACCACUGCCUAAAGAAUAUAUUGAUGAGAAUUUGCAGCUGGUUGCUGAUGGCUGCAGUAACCUGAGGAAGCAGAUUCAGAUCGCUCAUCUCUUUGGAGUCCCUGUGGUUGUUGCUCUAAAUGUCUUCAAGACUGACACUCAAGCAGAGAUCGACCAGGGGGGUCGCAUCGCAGAGGCUUCUGGGGCCUCAGCUGCUGUGCAGUGUCAUCAUUGGUCCAGAGGUGGGCGGGGCUCUGUGGAGCUGGCACAGGCUGUGAAGAAAGUAGCAUCUCACAAGAACCAUUUCCAAUUCCUGUACAAUCUGCAGGAUUCUAUUGUCGAGAAAAUUCGGACUAUUGCAAAGAAGGUUUAUGGUGCUGAUGACAUUGAGCUUUCACCUGAGGCUCAAGCUAAGAUAGACUACUACAAUCAACAGGGGUUUGGUGCUCUUCCCAUCUGCAUGGCCAAGACCCACCUGUCUCUCUCUCAUAUGCCUGAGAAAAAAGGUGUUCCCACAGGUUUUAUCCUGCCGAUCAGAGACAUCCGUGCCAGCAUCGGGGCAGGCUUUAUCUACCCUUUAGUUGGAACUAUGAGCACCAUGCCAGGCUUGCCUACGCGACCCUGUUUCUAUGACAUUGACCUUGAUCCUGUGACGGAGGAGAUAAAAGGACUCUUCUAAAGACAUUUCUACAGUCCCACACAUAGUUUUGACCAGUAAGAAUGAAAUUAAGAGUGACAGAACAAUGAGACAAUUUUGUUUUUGUGUUUUGCUCAGGCCACACAACAAAAAGGUCAGAUUUGAUU